CAUUGAUUUGAUCCUUGAGAGCGUCCCAUCUGAUCAUCUAAUCGAAAGAGCCCAAAGAAGCCAAGAAGACUCAAGCACCUCCCUCUCAAUCCCCUUCCGCUUGGAAAUCUCCUUUCAGCACAAUUAGUGCUGCAUCCAGAUUCUCUGCAGCUGCUCACAGAGAACCGUCAAAAUUUCCAUCCUUGAGGAUCUUGAGUUUCUGGAGGAAGAAAGAAUGGGUGCGGGAGCAAGCGCCGAGGACAAAAAGUCCAAGGAGUUGGAAAAACAACUCCAAGAAGACGCUGAUAAGGACGCUAAAACUGUCAAGCUAUUACUGCUUGGUGCUGGUGAGUCAGGAAAAAGCACCAUUGUAAAACAAAUGAAAAUUCUGCAUCAAGGUGGUUACACAAAAGAGGAACAAUUGGAAUUCCGAGCCAUCAUCUAUGGCAACAUCCUGCAGUCGGCUCUGGCUAUCAUCAGAGGCAUGGAGAUGCUGGGCAUUGAUUUUGGCGCCAGCUCUGGACAGGAAGAUGCACAGAAGCUGCAGAACUUGUCAGACUCCAUCGAGGAAGGCACAAUGCCCUCUGAGCUGGCUGAUGUUAUCAAGAAGCUGUGGAAAGACCCUGGUGUGCAGGGCGGCUUCGACAGAGCUGCUGAGUACCAACUGAACGACUCUGCUGGCUACUACCUCAAUGAAAUGGACAGAAUCUGCCACCCAGACUACCUCCCCACUGAGCAGGAUGUGCUGCGAUCUCGAGUCAAAACCACCGGUAUCAUUGAAGAACAGUUCUCCUGCAAAGAGUUGCACUUCAGGAUGUUUGACGUGGGCGGCCAGAGGUCAGAGAGAAAGAAGUGGAUCCAUUGUUUCGAGGGUGUGACCUGCAUCAUUUUUUGCGGAGCUCUCAGUGCAUACGACAUGGUGCUCGUAGAGGACGACGAAGUGAACCGCAUGCACGAGUCCCUCCAUCUAUUCAACAGUAUCUGCAACCACAGGUUCUUUGCACUGACCUCCAUCGUGCUUUUCCUCAACAAGAAGGAUCUGUUUGAAGAGAAGAUCAAGAAAGUCCAUCUGAGCAUCUGCUUCCCAGACUACGACGGCCCCAACACGUACGAUGACGCCAGCAACUACAUCAAGGUGCAGUUCUUGGAGCUGAACAUGAAGAAGGGUGUUAAAGAAAUCUACUCCCACUUGACCUGUGCAACAGACACAAAGAACGUUGAGAUUGUGUUCAACGCCGUGACAGACAUCAUCAUCAAAGAAAACCUUAAAGACUGCGGUCUUUUCUAAGCAGCUCCAGGGUGAAAAGAGAAUGUCCUUUCCUACCUAAACCCCUCACAUAUUGGCAUUGACUGAGAAGUGUGCUGAUGGAGCAUAGAGGAGCCUCUGUUUGUCGUGUUCAUGCCAUCACUCCCAAGCCAAGUCCCAGUCCUGGUCCUUGACUGCUCCCAACACCUCACCAUCUCCAACGGCACAUCCCUGCAACACAGUGCACAUCUGGCUGGGUUCAAACAACUAUGAAGUCACUAUGUCGUUGUUGUGGACAUAAAGCUUUCUACAGGAUUCUUCAGUUAUUUUCAGUAGUACCAGAAGCUGCUGGUUUGAAGGUUUGAAGAUGAAAUAGUUGCUUGUUUGUUCCUCAUGCUUCCUUCUGACUACUGUGUUGUGAGUUAUAUUUAAUCUUAAAACCAAGCUCUAUAAAAUGAAUAAAACAAUUUUAAAAAAGGGGAAAUAUAAAUAUUAUAAAUAGCAACAUUGCAAUCUUGUUUUUGUUUUCGAGUACACUAGUCUCUGUGGUCUUGAUAUAUAAACUGUAAAAAGAUACUUCCAGCACUUGCAGUGUAUCCAGAUCACAAACCAAAUUGUAAAUGUAUCUAAAUAGUGUUAAUGUAUUCAAUUCACUUAACAUUUUAAUGUGAUGAAUUACUGUCAGAACGUCAAACAUGGUAGAGAAACUUUGUACAUAAGAGUAGGUUAUUCAUUAUAUUUUAAAAAAUAUAUGAGAGAGGGAAACACUAGAGGGAGGAUGCUUUAUUAUGAAAAGGGAAUGAAAAUCUACUGAGUUUGUCCUUUCUUAUGAAAAGUAGAAGCAUGAAAUAAAGAUGCAUCAACUUCA